AUGAUUCUUCUGGUGUUGCUGCUGGUGCUAAUGCUAGUGCUGGAGCUGGUGCUGCUGCUGCUUUGUUCGGUAGUGCUGCUGGAAGGCAGGAAUGUCGUCGUGGCAGUGGCAGAAGACGUGUUUGGCCUCAACGAUUCGUUAUUUAUCAGACCGAGCGGGAAAUCCCACUGUACUUGCUCAUGGUGCAAGUCACUAUCUGUGGGACCUGGUGAAGAUGUCUCAAUCACAGCUGAGAGAGAAGAAACGGGCUGCAAACUGGAAAUGGCAGUGGUUGCACUGGCAGUACUUGCAGCAUUUGGGCGAAUCACCGUGCUGGUUGUAGGAUGCGAUCUGGAUGCUUGUGAUGUCGGCGACAAACUGGUAAUGAACACUUCCACAGUCCGCGAUCUACCAUUCUCUGCUUUUUGA